ACUUCAGCCUUUCCUCUAAAUCCAUAGCUGGAGAAACUCAAAGGAAAAUUCAGCCGAAGCCUGAGCAGCGAAGGCACGGCACUUCCCUGCAAGGUUUGCUCCUCACUUCUCUCCAGCUGGGUUUUGGAGGUUUUAAAAGCGGGCAGCCGGCUUCCCGGGGUUCUGGUGUUCGACACUAGCUUCGCCUCACUGCUGGCAGGGGGAGAGGGGGUGUCGCGGGGAGCCUCUGCCGCAAAGCUCUCUGCAGGCAGUGCUGGAAAAAAGGGAUGACUUUAGCAUCCUGGGCACGUCGCUGCCCUUCCCCAAAGCCAGCGGAGGCUCCGGAAAGUGGGGGUGGGCAAGUUGGUGGUAUGUCCUGUCCUGUUCCUGCAGAUCAAGGAGUGGCUCAGGCUGGGCUUCUCCACACAGAAGGGUUUUUUGCGCCUCCCCCAUUUUCCCUGGCUUUCCGCAGUUUCCUCCAGUUCCUGUUUAUGUGAACAAUUUUUGACAUGAAAUGGAUACCAAAAAAGUUAUAAAUUACUCUUUCUUUAGGCUCUGCAGUAGGUGUGUUUGUUAUCUAAUCAAAGUUCACGUGGGUUCAUUUUUUUCCCCACUAGUUUUGUUGCUUUCCAGUCAAGAUCGAUGCAGCUCAGCUUACACACCCUGGGUUUUGAGUUCCUCCCAUUUAUACCCGCGUUUCCUGGGUUUCUUACCUUUUGUAUAUUCUGUAAUCCCAGCUGCGCUUUCACUGGGCUGGCUAACUUCUGAAUCGCUGAAUCGCUGUGCUCCUGCUCACUCAGGCAUUGCUUUUUUUUAAAAAAAAAAAAUAAAAAGAAACCCUUUUGUUUUGGAGAGAAUGCCCUUUAACGGGAAAUUAAAAAGGAAAGCGUGAAAGCAAGCCGGCUUGGCUGGAAUUGUUUCUUCAAAAGGUUUCAGUAGGCUCACUUUGCAGGCAGAAGCAGAUAGCUGUGAGCCCCUUCCCCUCCUUUAGGCCACGAAAGUCGCUCAUUGUCUGCUGCGGGACAGCAUGGUGCGGCGCGUGGCUGUCAUCGGGGCGGGGGUCAGCGGGCUGGCCUCUGUCAAGAGCUGCCUGGAUGAGGGGCUGGAGCCUACCUGCUUUGAGAAGAGCGAGGACAUCGGGGGGCUCUGGCGCUACACGGACUCCACGGACAGUGGGAGGGUCAGUGUGUACCGCUCCAUCAUCACCAACACCUCCAAGGAGAUGUCCUGCUUCAGCGACUUCCCCUGCCCAGAGGAUUUUCCCAGUUUCCUACCCCACAGCCUCCUCCUGGAGUACUUUCGGAUGUAUGCCCAGCACUUUGACCUCCUGCGGCACAUAUGCUUCAAGACGACAGCUCUCAGCGUGAGAAAGCGCCCAGAUUUCACCACCUCGGGCCAGUGGGAGGUGGUCACCGAGACCAACGGCGUCCAGGAGUCGCACAUCUUCGAUGCUGUCAUGGUUUGCACUGGCCAUUUCCAGGAGCCCUAUUUACCGUUGGCUUCUUUCCCAGGUAUCGACACUCACUUCAAAGGCCAGUAUAUCCACAGCAGGGAAUACAGAGAUGUGGAGGCUUUCCGGGGAAAGCGGGUCCUCGUGAUCGGCAUUGGCAACACUGGCGGUGACCUCUCCGUGGAGCUGAGCCGUGUGGCUGCAAAGGUGUUCCUCAGCGUCAGGAGCAGCACGUGGGUGUUCAGCCGGAUCUCAGACCAUGGCUUCCCCUUCGACAUGGUCAACACCACCCGCUUCAACCACUUUCUCGACUGGCUUCUCCCAUCAGCUCUCACAAAGAGGAUUAGGUUUUGGAAGUUCAAUUCAUGGUUUAACCACAAGAACUAUGGCUUGGCUUCCACAAAAAGCUCCAACUUCAAGAUAAUUAUCAAUGAAGAGCUGCCGUUUUGCCUUCUCUCUGGGACUGUUGUGUUGAAGCCGAAGGUGAAGGCAUUCACUGAAAGCUCUGCUGUUUUCGAAGAUGGGACAGAGCAAAACAUCGACGUGGUGCUCUUUGCCACAGGCUACAUCUUCUCGUUUCCCUUCCUCGAAGAGUCAGUUCGCAGCCUCUUCGAUGAUAACCGUUCCCUCUAUAAACGCAUCUUCCCUCCUCAGCUGGAAAAGCCAACGCUGGCCAUCAUCGGCUUAGUCCAGCUGACCGGCUCUGUGAUGGUGGGAGCAGAAAUGCAGGCUCGCUGGGUGACGGGGAUCUUUGCAGGCUGGAACAAGCUCCCUCCCACCAGCAGGAUGAUGGCUGAAGUUUCAAAGAAGAAGCCACAGGUCAAAAGGAAUCCAUCCGAGAGGGAGAACCUGAAGAUGAGCUUUAUCAGCUACACCGAUGAAAUCGCUUCGUGUGCUGGUGUAAAGCCCAAUGUGCUGAGGCUGCUCCUGACAGACCCCCGGCUGGCCCUGGCUGUCUUCUUCGGGCCCUGCUCGCCCUACCAGUACCGGCUGAUGGGACGGGGGAAGUGGAGCGGGGCCAGAGACGCCAUCCUGACUCAGUGGCAGCGGACGCUGAAGCCCUUGAGAACGCGGGUGGUGGAUGACCCCUCUGACAGCUGGCACUGGAUGUACCUCCUGGCCCUGCCAGUGGCUCUCACAGCAGGUCUCCUCCUCUCCAAAUCCCCCCGGCUGGGCUGGACCCUUGGAGCCCCCCAGCUGUAGGAGGAACACGGUGGGAUCCGGCGCCGGCGUGAUGCCGUGCUGCUGCCAGGUUGUCAGCCAGGCUCCCCGACCUCCUCCCGCCGACCAUCCACACCCACCCAGGGAUUUUUUUUGGAGCAUUUCCCCCAAACCUGCUGUGAUCCCUGCCCGCACUGCUCCAGCCCAGCGUGGUGCAGAUCUCCAGCGGGCUUUUGGGAAGCGCCAUUUUGGGAUGGCCUGGCAUGCACGGCGCCAGCCUCCCUCCCCUGCUCGCCCAGCCAGGCC